AGCUCCAUGGACCAAACUACCUCUUUCCUUCUUUGUUCCACAAUAAACACACAAUCACAACCAUGAGUCUAUGACUCUCUUUUAUUAGUAUUCAUCUUAUCUAACUAACAUUAACAUACAAGUGCUAAGCUUCUAGCUAUCUGCUGAAACUUAGAACUGAGAAAAAUGGGGUUCUCUCCACCUCAUCAGGGAAGUGGUGGAAAUAAAUGGGAGAGCAACAAAGUCUUUUCUCUCCAAGUCCUUACAGGGAGAUGGUUCAUGGUGUUUUCAUCAUUUAUGAUAUUGUCAGUAUCUGGAGCAAGCUACAUGUUUGGCCUCUACUCCAGAGAAAUCAAGUCAGUUUUGGGCUAUGACCAAUCCACUCUCAAUCUGUUAAGCUUCUUCAAGGACUUGGGUUCCAACAUAGGCAUUCUUUCAGGCCUAAUCAAUGAGGUCACACCCCCUUGGGUUGUCUUAGCAAUUGGUGGGGUUCUCAAUUUUUUUGGGUAUUUUAUGAUUUGGCUUGCUGUGACCAGAAAAAUUGCAAAGCCCCAAGUGUGGAACAUGUGCUUCUACAUCUUUGUUGGAGCCAAUUCUCAUUGUUUCACCAACACUGGAGCUCUAGUUACCAGUGUAAAGAACUUCCCUGGAAAUCGUGGCAUUGUAUUGGGAAUUUUGAGUGGGUAUCUGGGUUUGAGUGCAGCAAUUAUCACUCAGCUAUACUAUAGCUUCUAUGGAAACGACUCAAAAUCUCUACUUUUGCUCAUGGCAUGGCUACCAACUGCUACAGCUUUUGUUUUCAUACCAGUUAUCAGGAACCACAGGGGUAUUCAACAGCCAAAUGAUACCAAAGCUUUCUAUAGGUUCCUCUAUUUAACACUUGUCCUUGCAGGGUUUCUAUUGAUUAUACUCAUAGUGCAAACAUGUUUCACCUUCAUGAAGAGUGAGUAUUAUGUUACUACCACUGUGAUGCUUCUCUUGCUCAUCCUACCAUUUGGUGUUGUUAUUUUGGAAGAACACAAGAUUUGGAGGAGCAAACAAGAACACAUCAAUUAUGAAGAUCCUCAAAAGCCCAUGAAUAUAAGUAUAGAAAAGCUUAAUCAAGAGAAGUCAGCACAGGCUCCCCAUGCAGAACAAGCUAUCCAAAAAUCAGUUUCCUGUUGGAAAAACAUACUCAGGACCCCAGAUAGAGGUGAAGAUCAUACAAUACUUCAAGCAAUUUUUAGCCUUGACAUGGGUAUUCUUUUCUUUGCUACUAUAUGUGGACUUGGUAGCAACCUGACUGUGGUUAAUAACUUAGGUCAGAUUGGGAAAUCUUUAGGAUAUCCUGCACAUGCUAUAACCACAUUUGUUUCUCUUAUGGCUAUUUGGAUCUAUCUAGGAAAAAUUGCACAAGGGGUUGUCUCAGAAUUUAUCAUAAACAAAUUUAAACUCCCUAGGCCUAUAGUGUUCACAUUUCUUCUUGUACUAUCUUGUGUUGGUCACCUUUUAAUUGCAUUCAACGUCCCAAAUGGUCUCUAUUUAGCUUCAAUUGUAAUUGGUUUCUGCUUUGGGGCAAACUGGCCAUUACUCUUUUCCAUCAUAUCUGAACUUUUUGGUCUUAAAUAUUACUCAACAUUGUACAAUGUUGGGUCAAUAGCAAGUCCAAUUGGAUCAUACUUGCUUAGUGUAAGGGUUGCAGGGUAUCUGUAUGAUAGGGAAGCAAGAAGGCAAAUGGCAUCAUUGGGGCUAAAAAGAAAGCUAGGGGAAGAGUUAAACUGCAGUGGGGGUGAGUGCUACAAAUUGGCUUUCAUUAUAAUCACUGCAGUUUGUUUGUGUGGGGCUUUUGUGUCACUCAUUUUGGUGGUUAGGACUAGAGACUUCUACAAAAGUGACCUAUACAAGAAAUUCAGAGAAGAAGCUAAAACCGUUGAAUCUGAAAUGGCUGUGUCUCAGAGCAGAGUUGGACCACCUACUGCUAACGAAGGCUAGAAAUCAUUGGCAAGGAAAUGGUAAAAGAAACUUGAGAACGAGAGCAACAGCUCCAACUAGUAUAAAAUAUAGUUUGCACUUAAUAGUGAGUCUUGUAAUGUAAUGUUAUGUUUUAUUUUCUAUACAUCACUAGUCUGUAAGAUAGGUUAUGUCUGCUUUAAAACAAAUAUAUGGUAUUUGCAUUACAGUGUUACUUGAGAAAUAAAUAAAUGCUCAUAUC